AUGCAAUCAUUUAAAUUUAUUAAACAAUAUCCUUCUUUAAGAAAUAAAUUUGAUAACAAUUACAACGUCAAAAUACCCUCAAGAAAAGACCCUAUUGAUCGUUCACAAAAUCCUCAUUAUAAUUCUUAUGAAGAAGUUUACAAAAAAGAAUUUCCAGAAAAGAAAUUUGAGAUAAAAGAACUUCCUGGUAAAGGUAGAGGACUUGUUGCAGUAGAAGAUAUUCAUGCUGGAGAACUUGUUUUUAAAGAACAAGCAACAAUUUUUUUUGAAGGAGAAGAAGAUAGUGAAUCAAAUAAAGAUUCAACUUAUUAUAUGGUAAGAAGUAUUUAUGAUAAUACUGCAUUUUGUAGUGUUAAAUUUGCAACAGAAUUAGCACAGAAUCAUCAACGAGAUGAAGAAUUUAGUGAACAUGUUAAAUUUAUUUAUGAAGAUUUUAAAGAAGAUAAAACAUUAUUAAAUCCUGUUGAGUUUGAAGACAUUAAACGUAUUGUUAAUGGUAUUCAUACUAAUUCAUUUUCAUUAGACUUUAUUGAUGGGUAUGCUGUGUUUAUUGCUUGUAGUCUUGCAAAUCAUUCUUGUAAAGAAAAUGUUGGAUGGCAUACUGUUGGAGAUGUUAUGUAUUGGACGGCAUUAGUAGACAUUCCAAAAGGAACUGAAAUUACAAUUUCAUAUACAUUCCCUUCUAUUCGUCCAAAAAGAAUUCAAUAUUUUCAAGACAAUUAUGGAUUUAUUUGUGACUGUCCAUUAUGUAGUGGACCAAUAGAUCCAUGGAGAGCAUUUAAAUGUUCUUGUGGAGGAAUAAUAUAUCCAGAACCAGAAGGAUAUAAAUGCCAUUCAUGUGAAUAUAUUUGUACAGAAGAAGAGAUAAAUCAAUUUAAUGAAGAAGAAGAUUUUAUAAUUGAUAUGGAAAAAUUAAAACGACAUAAAGCAUAUUAUAAUCCAUUAAGAAAAAUGCAUGACACUCAUCUUUUCUUAUUUAAAGCAAUGAGAAAAUAUGUUUCUUUAAAAUCUUGUCCUAAUCCUUUAGAAAUAUUUGAACAAUAUUUAAUUCCAGUAGCAAAAUAUCAAGUUCAAUUUAGUCAUGGAAGAGUAUUUGCUGCUGUAUUAGAACAAUAUGGAGUUGCUUUAAUGAAAUAUUCUAAAAUUAUGCCAGAUUUAUAUGAAUAUUGUAAAACUAAAGCUUUAGAAUCAUUUCAAAUGGCUUAUGACUAUCGUUGUUCAUUAGGAAUGGGAAGAACUGGAUAUGCAGCUGCAGUACUUCAAGAACAUUUAGAUAUUCUUGAUCCAAAGAAUUUAAACAAUUUUGUAGAAUAUGAUGAAUAUUAG